AUGCGCCUCUGCAUAGCUCAGUGGGGCCUCGGAACCUGCAGAGGGCGACAGAACCCGCGGCGCCUGCCUUUUACGUCACGCUCCGCUUGCGUGCUGAUUCCGGGUCAGAGGUCGGGCGCAGCUUGGGUAAUGGUGCAGCUCAGGCCGCGCGCGUCCCGCGCCCCGGUGUCGGCGUCGGCGAUGGUGGACGAGGGCCAGCCCGCCUCGGAGGAGGAGGCGGAGCACGGCCUGUUGCUCGGGCAGCCGAGCAGCGGCGCGGCUGCCGAGCCGCUGGAGGAAGACGAGGAAGGGGACGAUGAGCUUGACGACGAGGCCCCGGAGGAGCUGACUUUCGCCAGCGCUCAGGCGGAAGCGAAAGAAGAGGAGCGGCGAGUUCGCGAGACCGUGCGCAGGGAUAAAACGCUUCUGAAGGAGAAGAGAAAGCGACGCGAGGAGUUGUUCAUCGAACAGAAGAAAAGAAAACUUCUUCCAGAUACUAUUCUAGAGAAGUUAACUACAGCUUCACAAACCAGUGUGAAGAAAUCACCUGCAAAGUUGAAAGAAGUUAAUUUGCAAAAGAAAAAUGAAGAAUGUGAGAAAGGAAGUGACUCAAAGAAAGCUAAAGAAAAAGUGCAAAAAGUACAGACUGUUGGCCAGAAUAAAAGCUACUUGGCUGUAAGGCUAAAAGACCAAGAUUUGAGAGAUUCAAGGCAGGAAGCCGCCAAAGCCUUCGUACAAAAUUGUUUAUAUGGUCCUGGAACCAACAGAACUACUGUAAACAAGUUCCUGUCUCUUGACAACAAGAGGUUACCGGUGAAAAAGGCUGCAGCCCAGUUUUUGAAUAAUGCUUGGGCAUCCCAGAAAAAACAAAAUGCCAAGAGGUUUAAAAGACGUUGGAUGGUCAGAAAGAUGAAAACUUCUAAGAAGUAAAUCAAAGCUAAAUGAAGAAUGAGGACUUCGUAUGUAUAGAACUUAUAAAUUUUUAGUUUAGAGCAUUUAAUUUUUCUGAAAAAAUUAAUAAAAGACUUACAAAUC